AUGAUUUCCAGAACUAGAAUGCUCAAGGGCCUUAUGGCUUCAAAAACGUGCUCUCAAAUAGGAUUAAUGAGAAGUAGUUCUCUCAUACUUCCAAUGAAGCGUUUCAAUUCCACCUCAGCGCUGACCUCAACGACAGCUUCCGAUAUAAAGACCACCUUGACCAAUUUUGACACUGAGCAAGUCUCAAAUAAUGCAGACCAGAUCGCAACAACCUUAACUUCUGAUCAAGCGGGAUACCUUCACUCUAUUGGCCUUGCUGACGGCUGGGGACCUACUGCCAUCAUUGAAAGAAUUUUGGAAAUUACCCACGUAUAUACAGGAUUGCCUUGGUGGGCCACCAUCGCUGUAGCUACUGUUGGUAUCAGAGCUGCCAUGGUACCAUUGUAUGUCAAAGCGUCGGCUAACGCUGCUAAGAUGAGUCAUGUCAAGCCUGAAUUGGACAAAGCUCUUUCAGAUUUGCAAAAUGCUUCAAAUCAGCAAGAACAGUUACAAGCUGCCGCCAAUAGAAAGAAAAUCAUGAAAGAAAACGAUAUCAAGUUAUCACACCAAUUUUACCCCAUGAUCCAAUUACCAAUUGCUUACGGAUUCUUCCAGGGUCUUAGAAAGAUGGCAAAUUACCCUGUAGAAGGUUUUGAAACCCAAGGUUUAGCAUGGUUCGAAAAUUUAUCUGCUGUCGACCCUUACUGUGGUUUGCAAAUUUUAACAGCCGCUGUUGUCGUUGGAAUGGUUCGUUCAGGUGGUGAAACUGGUGCCACUCAAAUAAACCCAUUGAUGAAGAAACUUUUACUUUGGUUGCCUAUUGUUUCAAUUUUCAUUACAAAGGAAUUCAGUGCCGCUGUUGUCGUUUAUUUCGCUAUUAACUCCACCUUCUCCUUCUUCCAGACCUUAUUACUUAGAUCCCACUGGUUCAGAACUUUCAUGAAAAUGCCAGAAAUGGCUAAACCAAAUCCUGAUGCACCAAAAGGGCCUUCAACAGUCUCAGAGUGGUGGUCAGACUUUAAUGAAAAAAACCAACAGAAGCUCGAAAAGAAGAAGCAAGCUGCCAAUUCAAAGGCUGAUGCAGUGCAAAAGAGAAAGAUUUCCUCCACUCCACAGAACUUCAUCAAGAGACACUAA